CGCCGCUGUUCCUCCGUGUUAAGGUCACCGCCGUCAUUCGGUAUCUAACCAGCCGAAGGAAGCGGAGGAGACCCGGCAAGGAAGGUGCAGGAAACCCCCCAGUAAAACAAGCGACAUGUCUCUGUCUAACAAACUCACCCUGGACAAGGUGGACGUCAAGGGGAAGCGGGUCAUUAUGAGGGUUGACUUCAAUGUUCCAAUGAAGGACAAGCAGAUCACAAACAACCAGAGGGUCAAGGCGGCCGUUCCCAGCAUCCAACACUGCCUGGACAAAGGGGCCAAAUCCGUCGUGCUAAUGAGCCAUCUGGGUCGCCCUGACGGAAACGCCAUGCCUGAGAAAUACUCCCUGGGACCCGUCGCCGCCGAGCUCAAGACCCUGCUGGGGAGGGACGUCACCUUCCUGAAGGACUGUGUGGGUGCGGAGGUGGAAGCUGCCUGCGCUGACCCCGCCACCGGAUCCGUCAUCCUGCUGGAGAACCUCCGCUUCCACGUCGCCGAGGAGGGAAAGGGCAAGGACGCCUCUGGAAACAAGACCAAGGCCUCCCAGGCGGAGAUGGACUCCUUCAGGGCGUCUCUGUCCAAACUAGGAGACGUUUACGUCAACGAUGCCUUCGGCACGGCUCACAGAGCCCACAGCUCCAUGGUGGGAGUGAAUCUGCCUCAGAAGGCGGCUGGUUUCCUGAUGAAGAAGGAGCUUGACUACUUUGCCAUGGCUCUGGAGAAACCUCAGAGGCCCUUCCUGGCCAUCCUCGGAGGAGCGAAGGUGAAAGAUAAGAUCCAGCUGAUCAACAACAUGUUGGAUAAGGUUGAUGAGAUGAUCAUCGGCGGCGGCAUGGCCUUCACCUUCCUCAAAGUCCUCAACAACAUGGAGAUCGGUACCUCCCUGUACGACGAGGAGGGCGCCGGCAUAGUCAAGGACCUGAUGGCCAAAGCGGAGAAGAACGGCGUCAAGAUCACGCUGCCCGUCGACUUCGUCACUGCCGACAAGUUUGAUGAGAAAGCCGCGACCGGCACUGCAACCGUCGCUGCUGGCAUCCCCGCCGGCUGGAUGGGUUUGGACUGCGGACCAGAGAGCUCCAAGGCCUACGCGGAGGCGGUGGCCAGGGCCAAGCAGAUCGUGUGGAACGGCCCAGUUGGUGUGUUUGAGUGGGACAACUUUGCCAAAGGGACAAAGAACCUGAUGGACAAAGUGGUCGAGGUGACCACAUCAGGCUGCAUCACAAUUAUCGGUGGGGGCGACACUGCCACCUGCUGCGCCAAGUGGAACACAGAAGACAAGGUCAGCCAUGUGAGCACAGGAGGCGGCGCCAGCCUGGAGCUGCUGGAGGGUAAAGUCCUGCCUGGUGUGGACGCACUGAGCAGCGCCUAAACUUCCCAUCAGCCCGCUGGUUUGUGUGUGUGUGUGAAUGUGCGUGGAAGAGAGUGUGUGUGUGUGUGUGUGUGUGUGUGAGAGAGGUGGGUCUUUAUUCAGCCAGACUCCUGUUUACUCCUGUAACCUCCAAAACGUGCAACAACAAAACAACACCUGCUUUAGCAGCCAUUUAAUCUUGUAUUCAGUCUUUGUUUUUAAUGCCGGCUGUGAUUCACGUGAGAAUAAUUUCCUUUGCCUCCGAUGAAUCGACGCUGUCUGUAACAAGUAGACCCUUCUGCCUUACUUCAACAUGCUGAUGAAACUCAAGUAAAAGGAAAUAGGAGUCAUUACCUGACAUUGAUGGCAAAUUUUUGAGAAGUAAAACCUUUUUAAGACAGAAAAAGGUCAAAUGGCUUGUUGAGCUUGAAGUAGUUUUUUGCUCAGAUGACACUUUUUCCUGUUGACCUGCUGAAUGGACGACUGAAACACAGCAGAUACGAUGUGACUUUCACCUGAAUCUGGAUUCAAUCUGAGUCUCAGACGUGUCAGAGGAGUCAUCAGCCGUUCACCCCUGAGAAACUUAAGCACUGGCUCGUGUGUGUGUGUGUGUGUGUGUGUAAUGCUGCGUCACUUUUGCUUAGCCACCCUGGGAACGUCCCUUCACCACCCUCAGUGUGUACACAUCCAGUAUAUAUGUAUCUCUAGAAACGGUUUAUGUGAUGUGUGUGUCUGUUCACACUGACGUCGGCUCUGGUCAUCCGUCUUCUUGGUGUUGGUUUCUGAGCGGCUUCAGACUGAGACGUGGUGUCGAUCUCAGCUGAGCUGUUCAGGCUAAUAAAACCGUCUCUGUGUUAAAAA